AUGGCACAGCCGGACGUGCCGCACACGGGGCGCCCCUACGUGCGACGCAGCAGGCUGUUUCGCCUGCACGGUCUCCAUCGCCGGUUCGCCUUCGCCGUCAUAGCCAAGGACAUCACCGACAACAUCGCCAACGACUCCGAUCUGCGGCGCGUCGUCCACGCCAUGGUUCUUGACCAAUAUUGUGCAAGCUCGGGGCAGUUGGUGAGUCAAGCAAAAUGCAGCAUUUUCUUCAAUCCUAAUGUGGAUGUUGAUAUAAGGGCUGCUAUUUGUGUGGAACUUAAUAUUAUGACGGAAGCAAUCUGUGAUAGAUACCUUGGCUUACCCGCUUUAGUUGGUGCAGAUAGAUCAGAUAAAUUCCUUUAUCUUCUAGAGAAAAUCAUUAAAAGACUGGAGGGUUGGAAAGAAAAGUUCUUGUCGAUGGGGGGUAAAGAAAUUCUUCUGAAGGCUAUUAUCCAAUCCAUACCUGUGUAUGCAAUGUCAGUUUUUAAUCUUCCAAAGAAGCUUUGCAAGGAAAUAACAGAUGCAAUGGCAGCUUUUUGGUGGGGAGAUACAGAGGAGAAAAAAAAGAUGCACUGGAUGGCUUGGUGGAAACUAUGUGUCCCUAAAAGAACUGGAGGCAUAUCCCUGUCUCUCCACAAUGCCCAGUUUGUUUUGAAGGACCAGAGGAUAUUCUUCAUCUGA